GGAGCCAUGCAAUGAUACCGACAGAGGAAAGCAGAGCAUGUCAGCCUUAGAUACAAAUGGUCGGCCGUAUUCUCCCUCACGGAGUUGAGCGAGGGGUCGUGAGGAGGAGGAGGAGGAGGAGAUGAGCUGCAACGGGUGCAGGGUGCUGCGCAAGGGGUGCAGCCGCGCGUGCGUACUGCGGCCGUGCCUCCGAUGGAUCGACACGGCGGAGGCGCAGGGCCACGCCACCGCCUUCGUCGCCAGGUUCUUCGGCCGCGCCGCCUUCAUGUCCCUCCUCUCCGCUGUCCCCGACUCCCAACGCCCCGCCCUGUUCCAGUCGCUGCUCUUCGAGGCGUGUGGCCGGACCAUCAACCCCGUGGGCGGCGCCGUCGGGCUGCUCUGUACCGGCAACUGGCAUCUCUGCCAGGCCGCCGUCAACGCCGUCCUCAACGGCGACGCCCUCGCCCCCCUUCCCAGCCAUCUCACCACCGGCAGCUUCCCGCCGACCCCAGUGUCCGACGCCAAGCGGCGCAGCGCGGCGUCCCCGUCUUCCUCCUCCGCUUUCUUCCCCCGAGACAUGGACCUGUGGUUGUUUCCGAGGCCGGCCGCUGCCGCCAGCGAAGAGACGCCAUAUAUGAACUCGGAGGGGUCGGUGGCGACGGCCAGCGGCGCACCGACGCUGCUCAACCUCUUCGGUUGAGUGGAAGGACUUCCGCUUCACGAGUGCGCUCGCACGCGCGCACGCCCGCCAUACUAUAUAUAUAUAUAUAUAUAUUCUGUUGUACAAUGGAUGGACUCGAUCCCUCCGUAUGGGGAGGGAGGUGGGAGCACCGGCGGUGACCGCAUCUCGUACAGUGUAAUCCACUUUCGUCUAAUAAAGUAAGUAAAUAAAUAAAUUGUGGCAUUC